AGAAAAUGAAAUAAACACCGUAGCACGAGAACUCCAAGAACAAUCGGCUCGUCGAUGAGGAGGAUGUUUUGAUUCGUAGUGAUAGGACGUCGGCAUGUGAGUAAACGGUGUGAACGCUGUCAUGAGGACUGAAAUGAGCCAUUUUAAUGACACGGAACAAUUGAAGGAAGGAAAGGUUUUGAACCAGCGAGCAUCCCAGGAGCAUUGUUCAGAUAUUUGGGUUUGAGGUCAACUUUGAAAAAGGUGCACUGAAUGUAGAAAGAGUCCCGUGAGGGAAAAACGGCGAUGCGUGUUUUCACGCCUGCGACUCCGAGCGCCGUCCAGAGGCUUGCAGGUCGGAUUCGGGGUGUUUUCUUUCCACCUCCUGUGUGGACGCAUGCAACUGUUGUCAAAGUGACAUUUGACUUUAAUAUUCAAACUAGGACGAGAAGUCGAGACUUUAGUCAUCGUCCAACGCCGAGCAGCUCCGAGACAAAUGUGAGUUCAAAUGGGGGAAUUCAGCUCUAAGGACCUUGUACUCUGUUAUGAUUUCAUGUCACACCUAAACAAGUCUAAUCUUUAUGACCUUGCUUCCGUAAGGAAGAGCUGACACACACACACACACACACACGCACACACCUACAUACACACACAAAGUGUAUUCCAUUCUCAUGUCCUGAAAACAACUUGUUGAGAUUUUAAAUGUGUCCAGAGUGUUUCUGCCCCCCCCCCCCCCCCCUGCUUGACUUUGCCUUUAAAAAGCUGGGGACUCAGGAUUCUCAUCGUGAUGCAUGAGACUCAGAUGUAAAAUGACACUGUGUGUGUCGACUGGUCAAAUAAACUUUUGGAAUACAAAUAGUUGUAGACGGCGUAUAAUGUGUGCCUCGAUGCAAUGUUUGUAUUAAACUUCAUUUUACUUUCAUUAAAUCGCAUGUGACCCUUUGAAGGUCUUGGAUAUACUCCUGAUAAAAAGAUAAUAAUGCCUUUAUUUCGCAAAUUAAAUCUUCUAGGAUCCAAUCAAAUCCACCGACAUCCCGCCCCCUCCUGCCAAUCAGCUCACUAUUGAACCCAAAAAAACAAUGUUCAUAAGGAAUGGGUCACGCAGUCUCAAAAAGGGGUAACGUUCGCACAAGAGACGUAAAGCGUGUAAAGAAUCUAACGAAACCUUUUUUUAUGAAACAUAAUAUGUUUUAAUACAGAAAGUUUAAGUUUUAUAAUAAAGGCCGAGCAAAACUACAGUUCACAGUUCAUGAAACACUUCUCCUCGGUCACAAGCUGCAUCUCUGAGGUCGGCGGUGCACUGGAUUGUUCCGUUGCUCUGGGUUACAUAACUCCACCGAGAGGAGGGAAAGGCUGCGGCUCACUGAUAUGACUGUUGAGCUGCGCCUCUUUGCUGUUGUUGUAAUCGCCAGCGCUCGCUUUAUUAUUCCCUCCGCUGUGUGACCUCGCUGCUUCCUCCUUCCCUCGUUCCCCGCCACUCCCCGUCACCUCACACACUGCGGCCGGGUCCAAGUUUGGAUUGUUACCCCGUUCGCCCUGAAGUUUCCUCGACAGGCCGAUUGUAAAGUCAGCGCCUUGAACUCGAGCGUGUGAGAAGGUCCGAUAGAAUCUCUACGGAGCAAACUGUCUUGAAACGAGCAGCAACCUGGAGCCAGCGGGAGCAAAGAGAUGGGUCACUCUGCAUUCACACAUUAUAUGCUGACUCGGCUUAAAAUAUAUAGCUUUACUUUGCAGUAAGUAAAAGAAAAUGUUGGCUCACUCAAAAUACAAAUCCAUGGAAAUGAACUUCACCAUAGUUACAUCAUAAUGCCUUUGGUAUUGACCUUUGCUCCUAGGAACAAUACACAUACAUUUUGGAUUAGCUUCUCACCCACAUACUGGACUUUGACCUGUUAUCGUCUCACAUAGUAUCCGGUGGCUCUCACACGACGUGGAGCUCAAGCCAAACUUCUGGAUUUUGAUACAACAAGAACCAGGAAAUGUCUGGCGUGCUCCAGGUACUCCUGACGGCGCUCUGCUUCCUGCUGCUCAGGCCCACUCGUUGCAGCGGCAGCCGGAUUCUCGUGGUGCCCGUCGACGGCAGCCACUGGAUCAACAUGGAGCUCAUCCUCCAGGAGCUGCACGCCAGAGGCCACGACCUCACCGUGCUGCGCUCCACCAAGAGCUGGUACAUCCCCAGUUCCUCUUCGAUAUACACCUCCAUUAAUGUGACCAUGCUGGAGGACGAGUCGGACAUGAGCUUCUUCAACAAAAUGAUACGGGACGUGGUGGAAUGCCGCCGGUCGAUGCCUUUCAUAAGCUCCGUCUGCCAACAGCGGGUGAUCACAUCCAUGUUGAAAAAGGGCCACGGGAUCCUCGCUAGAGCAGCUGCGACAAUGCUAGACGACCCCGUUUUCAUCAAGAAGCUGCAAGACGCCAAGUUCGACUUAAUGUUGACGGACCCUGCUUUGACUUUAGGGGUCAUUCUGGGCCGUUACCUCGAGCUGCCGAUGGUUUUCAACGUGCGCUGGAUAAAUAACGGGGAGGGCCACUUCACCAUAGCCCCCUCCCCUGUCUCCUAUGUCCCCAUGUCAGGAAGUGAACUUCAUGAUCAGAUGGACUUUCUGGACCGAACCAAGAACACCCUACAUUAUAUUUACAGUUUUGUUGAACGGAACUUUAUCAUCAACCCGUCCUACUCCGAUCUACUCCGGCGGCAUUUCCCACCUGGCACUGACCUGCUGUCGAUGGAGCGAUCAGCGGACAUCUGGCUGGUGAGGACGGAUUUUGUCUUCGAGUUCCCUCGACCGACCAUGCCCAACGUGGUCUACAUCGGGGGGUUCCAGUGCAAAGAGUCCCGCCCCCUCCCCUCCGAGCUGGAGGCCUUCAUGCAGAGCUCCGGGGAGCACGGGGUGGUGGUCAUGUCUCUGGGGACGCUGGUGUCGGCCUUGCAUCGCGAAGCCACAGAGGCCAUCGCCGCUGCUUUCGCUAAACUCCCUCAGAAGGUGGUGUGGAAGUUUGUGGGUGAGAAACCGUCAUCCCUGGGGAACAACACUCUGCUGGUGAAAUGGAUCCCUCAGAAAGACCUCCUGGGACACCCCAAGACUCGGGCAUUCGUUGCCCACGGAGGCACCAACGGCAUGUUCGAGGCCAUCUACCACGGCGUCCCCGUUCUGGGCCUACCCCUCCUCUUCGACCAGUUCGACAACCUCGUCCGGCUGAAGGUACGCGGGGCAGCCCGGGUGGUGGAGGCCAAAUCGAUCACCACAGAAGGCUUCCUGGAGGCGCUGAAGGACGUCCUGGAGACUCCCUCGUACCGUGAAAACAUACAGCGUCUUUCACAGCUACACCGGGAUCGGCCAAUGUCUCCCAUGGACACCGCCGUCUUUUGGAUCGAGUACGUCAUCCGGAACAAAGGAGCAGCUCAUCUGCAGUCGGCAGGUUUUCAUCUGCCUUGGUAUUCCUACUUCUGCCUGGAUGUGGCGCUCUUAUUCAUGGCCCUGAUUGGAGUCUCUGUCUGGGCUUCGGUCUCAGUCUGUAAGAUGUUCUGCUGCCGAAGGUCUCGGAGGAAGACGAAAGCAGAGUAACUCGUGCUUCGGGACUACCUGGUGUUUGUUGUUUGAAUAAACACUCAAGCAUCCACAAACAACUGGAGUUUAACAGCCACUCAUAUUCUAACUAUUUAAAAUGAAUAAUAUAAAUCAUGUUUGUUUGAUACAGACAAUCUUGUAAUAUACGAGAGACGUAAACUAAAUACCUUUGAGAAGACGGGCUGUUUCAAGAAGAUUUGUACAUUUUGAGGAUUUAUCUGUAACUUGAUGUCAUAAUAAUCUGCUCUUAUCAAGCCUUUCGAAGCAAAUGUUCUAAAUGAGAAAUGUCCAUAACUUUUCUCCGCAAUGUGUUAUCAGAAUACCCGAAUGGUAAUGUGCAUCACAUUCAAAUAAAAAAAAGGAUUUGUUUAACGAC